GUGGUGCUGUGUUUGCAAACAAAAUUCAAAAGCUUCAACGAUUUUAUACGAAUUCUUCAGAAUAUUUUGUUGUGAAUUAUACAUUUGAACAUGGAUAAAUGGUUGCGUCCUGGUCUUAAAAAUCUUCUUCAAGAUUCCACAUACUCCGAUUGCCGUGUUGUCGUUGGCUCCGAAAUCUUCAAUUGCCACAAAAACAUUUUAGGCGUAGCAUCGGAAUUUUUUAAUCGCUUGUUUUUGAGCAGUUUCAAAGAAGCCGCCACCGACAAAGUCGACUUGAAGGAUGUUACCCCCGAGACUUUUAAAAACUUCCUCGAAUAUAUUUAUACAUACGACCCAAAAUGCCUCGACGAACAUGAUAACAAUAUGCUUAUGGAUCUGUUGGAGUGCGCCAACAAAUGGUUGGUGCCAUCACUGACCGGAGAUGGUGCUAAAUUACUUGAAAAGCGAGCUGAAAGCCUAACUAGUAUUGGCCAGUUGAUUCCUAUUUUUGGACGUGUGUAUGAUCACAUUAUGAAUGAUCAACUCACUAAGAAUAUCUCCUCGAUGAUUCGGAGCAUCUGCGGUGCAUCGGUGAACUGCGAUGAAGCUCUAUUAUUAAGCCCAGAUGCUUUUGAUCACUUUCUUGUGACGAUCGAAGGAACUUUGCCCGAAAUCGACCGCUUCAACUUACUGAAUUUAUAUGUGAAAAUUAAUGGAUAUCAAGUAAAUAUGGAUGCCGAUAAUGCCUCUGGUGCAUCCGAAGAUGAUGCAAAAGCCACUAACACGGAUGUGAAGGCAAAUGAAAAAUUUUCAAUCAAUCAUAACCUUUCAAAAAGCUACGUAAAACAACUUAUUGGGCGCAUAGACUUCACGAAAAUGGACAUAGAAGAAUUUUAUGAAGGCCCUCGACAUUCUGAUUUAAUAACCCAUGAUAUGAAAAUUGAAUUUAUGUAUGACAUUAUUUUAAAUAAAUUAAAUUAAAGUAUAUAAAUAAAUAAUAAAUUCAGCGAAAUGAAA